CGUCCAGCCCAUAUCACCAGUUACAAGCCUCCCAAUAAGUAGAGCUCCCGUCUAAAUCUGGCCAGCACAUCCCUAAGACAGGAUAAAACCACUACAAGCUCAGAUUUUUGCACUGUGCUUUAGAACCUCUGAUAAAAAAUGGUAGAUGCUUUCUGUGCCACCUGGAAGCUGGUAGACAGCGAGAACUUUGAUGAGUACAUGAAAGCUUUGGGAGUUGGCUUUGCCACCAGACAAGUUGGGAAUGUGACAAAGCCUACGGUUAUCAUCAGCAAAGAGGGCGAUAAGGUGGUCAUUAGAACCCAGAGCACAUUCAAAAAUACAGAGAUCAGCUUCAAGUUGGGAGAAGAAUUUGAUGAAGCCACAGCAGACGACAGAAACUGCAAGUCUACUGUAUCCCUUGACGGGGACAAGUUGGUGCAUGUUCAGAAAUGGGAUGGCAAAGAGACAAAGUUUGUCAGGGAAAUGAAAGAUGGAAAAAUGGUUAUGACUCUUACUUUCGGUGACAUUGUGUCUGUUCGUCAGUACGAGAAGGCAUAGAAUCUUCCUGCCCACGCUGGUUAUUCAAUUUCCAAGACGGAUGGAAAAAUUCUGUGACUGAAAAUUUCUCUCCCAUCUGUGACAAUGAAUUGACAUGCCCCUGAUCUUUGUACACUACCAAAUUGAUAUAUCACAGUAUCUUUACUGUGGGCCAGUAUGAAACAACUUUUUAUUAAAACUAUAUAUUAAAAAUA